UCUUUUUUCGCCCCCUAGGUGACAGAAAACUAGGAUGGCGGCUGCAGUAGUGAGGUACCUUCAGGAGCAAGUUUCUCGUCUGUUCAGGGGCGCUGAAAUAAACAUUAUCACAAGAUACCUGAGAAGAAGUGACGUAUAUCUGUUUGAUUUGCAGCAGUGUGACGAGACCACGUCAGGUGAACGUUUCCUGGCACAGGUGUCAAACUUUGUGUCCACAUAUAGACACAAGAGUUUAACCUUAAAGAAUCCAGCUGGUGCCACGUGGAGGAUAGGAGGGCUUGAAGACACCAUUUACAGAGAUGAACCUGAGGAGGUGAACGCAUGGGGAAAAUUCUACCUUCCCGAGAUGGUGAACAUGCGGGUGGUAGGUGUGGUGGAAGGCAGCUCGUGUCCUUGUGAGCAGCUCGUUCUAAUGACCUGCGAGAACAAAAAGCUGUACGCCUAUGACGGAGAGGAGCUGCAUUUGGUGGUUUCAAGCUGGAAUCAGUUAAACAACAAAGAAAUUGAAUAUCCAGCAUCCAAAAGCUAUUACAAUGGAGAGGCAUUCCAGGAUAUGACUGAAGAUGACUGGGCAGAUGUGAGGAAGGGAGCUGUGGGGAGGAGACUCGAGCAAGAGCAUCAAAAACUGGUGCAAGAAAAUAAGAAGGCGUUAUUGGAGUCUCUGUCUGGGCACACAUAGAUGCUGAUUGUGUUUUAAAAGAAGGAAAGCCCUGCUGCGAAAGUCUGAGAUUCAUCAUUUUAAACAACAUCCUAAUCAAAAAGAAAAGUCCUGGCACACUGCUCUCUGUGGCAUGAAAUCUUAAGCAUGUUGCACCUCUGACCACAACUGAAACAGUGAUGCUAAAGCUGUGACUGGAUGCAUAACAUGAACUGCUCACUGUACAUCAUACCCAUUUAUGUGUAAUGCUAGAUUUCACACAUAAGUUUUCUUAAACAAAUUGUCUCAUUUUAUUUCAUUAUAUUGUAAUAUCCUGCAGCUACCUGAGCACAGCAUGAAUUUUCCAUAACCUGUAGCAGCACAUUCAAUAUUUUAUUAAACUGUACUUAAUAAAGACUUAUUCAUGUCUA